GCAUCCUGAAGUCACAGCGGAACUUGUAGAUGCUUUUAGACAAUGCGAUAUAAACGAACACUCUGACAAUCCGGACCUUUCUGUUGAUACCCUUCAAAGAAAACCAACAGAUAAGGAUCUGUGUACAAUAGCCCUCAAUAUCGGACCGGAAUAUCUUCCAUUGGCUUUGCAGUUGGGUUUGGUGAAAACGGAGCUCUAUCACAUUGAGGAAGACAACAGAGGCAGCUGUGUACGGCGAAACAUAGCCAUGCUGUUCAGAUGGAGAGAAAACAGAGAAGACAGUGCAACAUUUGAGGAACUUCGCAACGCCUGUAUUCGUAUAAAUGUAAAUCCUGGCAACAUUUUGAAAAACAUUGAAGCAUAAAAUGACUCAAAAAGACUCGUUUUACAGGCAAAAAUGAAACGACUGUCUUUUUAUAUUUUAUGUCAAAUGUUAACACAAACACUCAAGAAAAGUAAGAAGGCAACAUUCGUUUAUGGCAAAUAUUUCUUGCAUAUUAUAUGUAAAUAUUUUGACGUAUCAUUAUUCAUUACACGCAAUCUAAUAUGGUUUCUUUUGUAGUACUCGAAGCAUGUUCUUUGCCAUAUGUGCACGCAGAGCUCGUGUUGUUAUUCAUGAAAAUGUAGAGUUCGUAGCAUGUAUUAACAAAAAAUCAAAUGAUGAUGAAUGUAAAAGCUUGUUACAAGUUUGUCAUUCACAAUACCUCUUGAAAAAUACAGUAUUUUAAGUUAAAUCAUUAUAAUCUUUUUUUCUUGUCCAAACUGUGCGCUUUAUAAAAAUCUUUCUUGAGACGAAGUCACACCACAAGACAAUUAACAAUUAUUAUUAAAUUAUUCAGUUAUUUUUGAAAAGUGGAAUUACCGCAAGUUUAUCGGCCAAACUGCGCUAUAGAAGUCCUCAUGUGGCAAGAACACGUCAAAGCUUCCAAUCACGUCAGCGUCAGAUACGAAAUCGUUUUGCUCCCAUGUACUAAUUUUAUCAGCUAUAUAUUACUUGUGCAUUUUUUCUCGACACGUAUAUCUUUACAAAGUGAUCAUGUCUGUAAAAUAAGAAUAGCAUCUAAUCACUGGUUCUACUGGAAAAAAAUGUUUUAGGAAAAAAAAAACAAUUUGAAAGGAUUGUGUAUAAGGGUAUCUAAAUUUUUCAAGUCUAAAUGAAAUGCUUAAAUAUCUGAUAUUGUAAGAUUUGAGAGAAUAAAAAUACCCCAAAGCCCAGUAUAGUGCAACAUUUUUAAUAGGUCGGGUUAUUUAAGUUAAAGUUGUUUUAGAAUCCAUUUAUUUAUUAUUCAGUCACUAUGCAAAUCUGUUUGUUUUCUACACACGAGCGAGAGAAGAACUACAAAUCAAUUUUUGUAUACAUAUAAAAAGAUUGAAAAUAGCUGUUUGGUUGGCUUCUUAAUGACGUGAAAUCUAACAUCUUUAAAUUUUUACUGCUUUUGAUUGACAGUGCAACAUUUGAAGAACUUCGCAACGCCUGUAUUCGUAUAAAUGUAAAUCCUGGCAACAUUUUGAAAAACAUUGAAGCAUAAAAUGACUCAAAAAGACUCGUUUUACAGGCAAAGAUGAAACGACUGUCUUUUUAUAUUUUUUGUCAAAUGUUAACACAAACACUCAAGAAAAGUGAGAAGGCAACAUUCGUUUAUGGCAAAUAUUUCUUGCAUAUUAUGUGUAAAUAUUUUGACGUAUCAUUAUUCAUUACACGCAAUCUAAUAUGGUUUCAUUUGUAGUACUCGAAGCAUGUUUUUUGCCAUAUGUGCACGCAGAGCUCGUGUUGUUAUUCAUGAAAAUGUAGAGUUCGUAGCAUGUAUUAACAAAAAAUCAAAUGAUGAUGAAUGUAAAAGCUUGUUACAAGUUUGUCAGUCACCAUACCUCUUGAAAAAUACAGUAUUUUAAGUUAAAUCAUUAUUAACUUUUUUCAUAUCCAAACUGCGCUUUAUAAAAAUCUUUCUUGAGGCGAAGUCACACCACAAGACAAUUAACAGUUAUUAUUAAAUUAUUCAGUUAUUUUUUAAAAGUGGAAUUACCGCAAGUGUAUCGGCCAAACUGCGCUAUAGAAAUCCUCAUGUGGCAAGAACACGUCAAAGCUUCCAAUCACGUCAUCAUCAGAUACGAAAUCGUUUUGCUCCCAUGUACUAAUUUUAUCAGCUAUAUAUUACUUGUGCUUUUUUUCUCGACACGUAUAUCUUUACAAAGUGAUCAUGUCUGUAAAAUAAGAAUAGCAUCUAAUCACUGGUUCUACUGGAAAAAAAAUGUUUUAGGGAAAAAAAAACAGUUUGAAAGGAUUGUGUAUAAGGGUAUCUAAAUUUUUCAAGCCUAAUUGAAAUGCUUAAAUAUCUGAUAUUGUAAGAUUUGAGAGAAUAAAAAUACCCCAAACCCCAGUAUAGUGCAACAUUUUUAAUAGGUCUGGUUAUUUUAAGUUAAAGUUGUGUUUAGAAUCCAUUUAUUUAUUAUUCAGUCACUAUGCAAAUCUGUUUGUUUUCUACACACGAGCGAGAGAAGAACUACAAAUCAAUUUUUGUAUACAUAUAAAAAGAUUGAAAAUAGUUGUUUGGUUGGCUUCUUAAUGACGUGAAAUCUAACAUCUUUAAAUUUUUACUGCUUUUGAUUGACAGUGCAACAUUUGAAGAACUUCGCAACGCCUGUAUUCGUAUAAAUGUAAAUCCUGGCAACAUUUUGAAAAACAUUGAAGCAUAAAAUGACUCAAAAAGACUCGUUUUACAGGCAAAGAUGAAACGACUGUCUUUUUAUAUUUUAUGUCAAAUGUUAACACAAACACUCAAGAAAAGUAAGAAGGCAACAUUCGUUUAUGGCAAAUAUUUCUUGCAUAUUAUGUGUAAAUAUUUUGACGUAUCAUUAUUCAUUACACGCAAUCUAAUAUGGUUUCUUUUGUAGUACUCGAAGCAUGUUUUUUGCCAUAUGUGCAUGCAGAGCUCGUGUUGUUAUUCAUUAAAAUGUAGAGUUCGUAGCAUGUAUUAACAAAAAAUCAAAUGAUGAUGAAUGUAAAAGCUUGUUACAAGUUUGUCAUUCACCAUACCUCUUGAAAAAUACAGUAUUUUAAGUUAAAUCAUUAUUAACUUUUUUCAUAUCCAAACUGCGCUUUAUAAAAAUCUUUCUUGAGGCGAAGUCACACCACAAGACAAUUAACAGUUAUUAUUAAAUUAUUCAGUUAUUUUUGAAAAGUGGAAUUACCGCAAGUGUAUCGGCCAAACUGCGCUAUAGAAAUCCUCAUGUGGCAAGAACACGUCAAAGCUUCCAAUCACGUCAUCAUCAGAUACGAAAUCGUUUUGCUCCCAUGUACUAAUUUUAUCAGCUAUAUAUUACUUGUGCAUUUUUUCUCGACACGUAUAUCUUUACAAAGUGAUCAUGUCUGUAAAAUAAGAAUAGCAUCUAAUCACUGGUUCUACUGAAAAAAAUGUUUUAGGAAAAAAAAACAAUUUGAAAGGAUUGUGUAUAAGGGUAUCUAAAUUUUUCAAGUCUAAAUGAAAUGCUUAAAUAUCUGAUAUUGUAAGAUUUGAGAGAAUAAAAAUACCCCAAAGCCCAGUAUAGUGCAACAUUUUUAAUAGGUCGGGUUAUUUUAAGUUAAAGUUGUGUUUAGCAUCCAUUUAUUUAUGAUUCAUUCACUAUGCAAAUAUGUUUGUUUUCUACACACGAGCGAGAGAAGAACUACAAAUCAAUUUUUGUAUACAUAUAAAAAGAUUGAAAAUAGUUGUUUGGUUGGCUUCUUAAUGACGUGAAAUCUAACAUCUUUAAAUUUUUACUGCUUUUGUUUGAUGAUUUGUGUUGUUUUUAUUUUACUAAUUGACGGUACCUUGAACUAUGCAUUUUGCUUUAUUGUACUGAUGGAAUCAUACUUAUAUGGACUUGUUUUGCAUAUAUUUAAUUCAAAGCUUGUUUUGCAAUUAUAUUUUCACUUGCCAUGUAAACAUCUACAUGUAAACCUCUACCACAGAUAUCAUUAGAAGUAAUUCUGCACGUUUGGUUAAAAAUUCUUCAAUGUAGAAUAUGCUUAAAGCCUGUUUUUUAAACUUCGGAAAAAUCUUAGAAAAAUCGGCGAAUAAAAAGUCGUGUGUCAUUCUUUGUUAGACUGAGACUGAUAUGAAAGAAAAAAUGACUCACACAAGUUUUUUUCUCAUAAUCGUUUAUACACAUAUUAUCUAUGAUAAAAUGGAAUAAAAUAUAUAUGUCCA